AUGUCGCGCCCUCCCGUACCGCGUUCCUCUGUCGCCAGUGGCCUUGCACCUCCCGCUCCACCCCCGGGUUAUCCUCCCAGCAUGCACGGAUCAGGCGUGCUUCCCCCACCUCUCAGCGCAGCACCAAGUCGACCGCACUCACGGAUCGAGCCGCCCCCGUUGAGCUCGACUGCUGGUCCGAUGCCCGGGACACUUGAGCGACCUAUCGCCGGGCCGCGCAAGAGACUCAUUGUCACAUGCGACGGCACCUGGCUUGACUCUGACAAUGGAUUGAUGAACGGUCAAAAACAACCGCCAUCCAACGUGUCGCGAAUAGGCUGGGCGAUUAAAGACACGUCAAGAGAUGGGAUCCCCCAAAUCGUCAACUACCAGGCGGGAGUGGGCACAUCUGGUGGGCCAGCGGCGCGAGCGGUGGGAGGUGCCACAGGGCUCGGGCUGAAGGAGAACAUGCGCGAAGCAUACACUUACCUGGCCAUCAACUGGAGAACCGGGGACGAGAUAUUCCUCAUCGGCUUCAGUCGGGGGGCAUUCACGGCGCGAAGCAUCGGUGGCAUGAUCGGGGCGUUGGGACUUCUCACCCGAGCCGGCCUGCCAAGUUUCAACGAGAUCUUUGAAGACUGGCAACACCGCUACGACGAGCGAUACGUGUCCAAAUUCCCCAGUGUGCCGUUUCCCGAGAAGGGGCCAUUUGACCAGCACUAUGUGCACGAGCUUGCGAGGCGCGGGUUGACCACCCUCAACGUGCCCAUCAAGGCCAUAGCUUGCUGGGACACUGUCGGCAGUCUAGGCAUACCGCGCCUGGGAUGGAUGGAGUCUCUUCACUUAUCCAGCCCAAACAUGCACAACUAUGACUUCUACGACACCCGGCUACACCCGUGCAUAGAAAACGCAUUCCAAGCCCUGGCACUGGAUGAGCGGCGCGCUCCUUUCUCGCCCGCUGUGUGGGAACGGCGCGACAACGACCGGACGAACCUGGUGCAGGUGUGGUUUCCCGGCGUGCACAGCAACGUGGGCGGUGGGUAUGACGACCAGGAACUGGCCAACAUCACGCUCGCUUGGAUGAUCUCCAAACUCGAGCCGUUUUUGGAUUUCCGGCCAAACUUUCUCAUGAGUCUGUGGGAAGAGAACCGCGCGUAUUACAAGUCGACGGGCCAGAAGACGAGAUGGUGGAGUUUCGGCGAGCUUUACAACUCUUUCAAGGGCUUCUACAGCCUAGCCGGCUCCAAGAUACGAACGCCAGGCAACUACUACCGCACCGACCCGUACACGGGCCGGCCGAUGAGCAAGAGACUGAGAAACACCAACGAGUACAUCCACGCCAGCGUCCGGAGUCGUCUGGGUCUUCAAGGGCCUGGAGCCCAGGAUCGGGGGGCGUACGAUCCGCCUGCUUUGCGCGACUGGACGUUCGAUUCCGAAUUCGUCCCGCCCAGUGAAGGUGGCAACGCGAACGGACUGCUUGUGGUGUGGACAGACCGCAGCACGAAGCGCAAAGGCGGGCAAGACAAGAUCCCGGAGGCGCGUCUGUCCGAGACCGAACUGGUUCUUCUCCAACGGAGCCCCAGGGUGUAUGACUACAUAUCCAAUCUGAGGCCGCCGUCGGCCCCGAAGGAAAAGAGGAGGUCGCGUAGACACGAUAGCGUGCCGCCAGAAAUGACCGGGGCUGGCGAACUCCCGGCACAGAACGGGCGACGGAGUGGAGUGAAACUGGAUCCAGAUGGUCUACCGGAUACAGAUGACGAUAGACGACGGAGGAGGCGGAGAGAGAGUCGUGGCCCGGACCGGCAGAGACAUCGACACAGUCGCCGGUAUGACGACGAUUGA